AUGAAGUUCCCAACCGAUAGCGGGGUGGGAGAAUCACGGGGUGAACAAGCUCUAGCCCAGGAGUGCUAUGUUGUAACAAAGCAGAACAAGGCAUUCACACCACCCCUUGCACCACCGUUGGAGGUGACUUUAGAAAAAGAUGUAGAGGUUAGGGAUGACCAGAGUCAACAACAUGCUAAAGUCAACGAACCAUUGGAGCUUGUGACGUUAUAUAUAGACCGCCCAAGAACUACCACAUGCAUUGGGACACAAUUCCCGCCGGUAGACAAAGAAGCCCUGAAGCAGUUGUUGAUAGAGCACAAUGAUGUCUUUGCGUGGAGCCAUGACGAAAUGCCUGGUAUAGACAAUCAUGUCAUUGAGCACUGCUUGAGCGUGGACCCUGCGUAUAAGAUACGGAUGCAUGCAGCAUAUGAGGAAAAAACCUCGUUCAUAACAGACCAAGAACUGUAUUGCUACCAAGUCAUGCCCUUCGGAUUGAAGAAUGUGGGGGAAACCUACCAGAGGUUGGUCAAUCGAAUGUUUAAAGAAAGAAUCAGGAAGUCUAUGGAGGUUUACAUGGAUGACUUGUUGAUAAAAAGCAAGGAGCUCGCCCUACACCUUGACGACUUGCGAACGGCGUUUAGGAUCUUACGCCACUAUAAAAUGAGGUUGAAUCCUACAAAGUGUGCCUUUGGAGUCCAGUCGGGAAAGUUCUUUGGUUUUAUUAUGUCUGAAAGAGGAAUUGAGGCCUUCCCAAAAAAGAUAGAAGCCACACUCAACAUGAAGCCGUCGAGAAGUCUAAACGAAACUUAG